GAGAACAUUUAUUUUCUAACAAAUCAAAUUCAAGAAAACAGCUUCAUCGAACUAAACGAGGGACAGUAUAUUUCCACUGAAGAAAAUGAGCUUAAAAACUCUGCCAACCUCGUUCGAAAACAAAGAUUUAGAACUGGAGUACGUUCAUAACUCAUUCAUUGUUGUAUCGUUCUUAAAUAUUUUCCUCGCUAUCACUGCGACUCUUGGAAAUACUUUGAUUUUCCUCGCUCUUGGAAGGUACUCUGGUCUUCAUGCACCAUCGAGGCUAUUAAUCCGCUGUUUGUCGUCUACCGAUCUCUGUGUUGGUCUCAUUUCUCAGCCAUUAGCAGUUCUUCACGCCAUUGCUAUUGUGACCGAGCAUUUGGCGAUAUUUCGAUUCACUGUGGUAUUGAGUUAUGGCACAAGCGCAAUUUUAAGCGGAGUGUCUCUUUUCACUCUAACUUUUAUAAGCAUCGAUAGAUUGCUAGCUCUGUCGCUUGGAGUACGAUACAGACAAACAGUGACCAUUGGGCGAGUCCGCGCUUUUGUGAUUUUCAGUUGGGUGUUCAAUAUAGCAAAUGGGAUGCUGAGCUUUUUGCUGGCGAACAGACUUGUCUUCAAGAUCGCUUGUGUGGCGAGCAUUUCUCUUUGCGUGGUAAUAUCGACAAUAUGUUACAUCAAAAUCUACCAUAUUCUUCGUUUACAACAAAUGAGAGUUCAAGCCAUUUUCUCUCAAGCACAACCAAAUGAAAGCUCUCCGCUGCACUUCGAACGAUACAAGAAAACAGUUUCAAGCGCGCUGUGGGUUUACUUCACAAUGUUAGCGUGUUAUCUACCGUUUGGUAUAGUUUCAGGAGUGAAGGCCAUAACUGGAGACACUCUUCCAGUCGCCGAUGGUUUCGCAGCGACUUUAAUCUUCUUCAAUUCAUCGGUGAACCCUGUUCUGUAUUUUUGGCGAAUCAGGGAAGUGAGACAAGCUGUGAAAGAAACCAUAAGGGAAUACUAUGGUUUUCAAGUGGAGCGCAGAGUGACACAAGUAUAGAAUAGCUUAGUUAAUCUUAACAGCCUUAUAACUGAUGUCGCAAUAAAACGUCAACUUUCCAAGUUUGCCAUUAACGCCAAGUUACAAUGCUUACAGGCGUGUUCUUGCCUCCCGCUCCGCUCUUCUCCCCUACUUUUUCGUGCCCAAGUUUUUGCACUACGCCCUAACUUACUGACCGCCUGGAAGAGAUUACUUCCCUGUGAACAUGGACGAAGAAGUAGAAAUCUGUGGAAGAGUUUUUCAAUUAAUAUUGAUAGUGUUUUGUGGCUUGCAUGCCUGAUGGGUAUGGCGUGCAAAGGAUUUCAGAUCACGGACAAUGCUAGACUACGAGUAGUCCCUCUUUUGCUUAGUCCAUCGAGCUAGACCGUAAAUAAACCGAUUUAUUUAAGGUUUUGCUCGACGGACUAAGCGAAAGAGGGACUACUCGUAGUCUAGGACAAUGCGUAGAACCACAUUUUCUCUUGAGUAAUUAUACCUUGCGGAUGUGCUCAGACGUUUCACAAUUCGGCAACUCAGCUACGAUAACUGCUCCAUGACUGAAAGCUGAUGACCUUAAAGGUGCUGUGUCACCCAGCGUUAGGCAAUUUCAGUCAUUACCACUGAACUGGACAUAGAAUUAACUGGAAUAUAUCAAAAUAACGGCUUAAAUUAAAGUUUCAGAAGAACUCGAGAGAAACACCGAGAGAAAGCAAUAAAGGGGCAUGGAUGUGCAAAAUUAGUGUAGAUUACCGUGGAUUGAACAAGGAUAGACUUGAGAAACAUCGGCCCGCCAUUUUUUAAGUUUUUGUUCAUUUGCAUAGAAGAGUUCGUUAUACUGCUCGGAAAGCAUUCUUCCUUGAUUUAAAAUUUGAUCAUGAUUGGUUUGAGCUGACUUAGCUUCUGGAAGAAAGGAAAGUUUAGUUCUGAGAAGAGCUGAACUCUGUAUAUUAUAAUAACAAUAAUUACAUUUUUGUAGAGCGCAUUUCGGAACUCAAUGCGCCUAACAGUAAAUAACUAAGUAAAUAAAUAGCACAAAAAAACUAACUUAAAUAACUAAGCAAUUGCUUAAUAAAAACAGCAAACCAAUUAGGCAAGUAAAACCUUUCUUGAA